AUGGCAGACGCGCCCACGCCUCCUGCAGAGCCAUCAGGGCCAGCACCAGAAGCACCAACUCCGCCAGUGGGCUCACCGACCGAUUUCUUAAAAGGCGUUGUUGGCAAACGAGUUAUUGUCCGGCUUACGUCUGGUGUCGACUACCGCGGCUUGUUGUCAUGCUUAGAUGGGUACAUGAAUAUUGCACUCGAGCAGACGGAAGAAUAUGUCAAUGGGCGAGUGACGAAUAAAUACGGAGAUGCAUUUGUUAGAGGGAAUAAUGUACUAUAUAUCUCUGCAGAUGAACCUAUCUGA